CUUCGAUUUUGAAGCAGAAGUGCGGUCACCGAAAAAUAUUUGGCCAAGUAGAUUUUGCAAAAUAAUUGAACCCUUAAUAAUUAGGUAAAGUUGUAAAAUAUAUAAAAAUGGCCUUACGUUUUACACAGCGUUUAUUGCAAAAUCAAGUACCGUUUUUAACGCGCGGUUAUCCGCUGUUAGUGACCAAAGAAAAAACCGAAGAUGUAGCACACACAAAAUCGGCGCUUCAGAAAAAGUGGACGGGUGUUGAUAUACCAUCUGCGCAAUAUGGCGGACGUCACGCUGUCACAAUGCUACCAGGGGGCGGUAUCGGUCCAGAACUAAUGCAUUACAUUCGCGAGAUCUUCCGUUUCGUUGGGGCCCCGGUCGAUUUUGAAGUAAUAGAAAUUGAUCCUUCCACCGAGGGUAAUGACGAUUUGGAUUAUGCCAUUACUUCGAUCAAGCGUAAUGGUGUUGCCAUUAAGGGUAAUAUUGAAACAAAAUCGCAAGGCUUGGAUGAGGUUUCCCGAAAUGUCGCCAUUCGUAAUGAACUGGACUUGUAUGUAAAUGUCGUACAUUGCCGUUCAUAUCCCGGUAUUCCCUCCCGUCACAAGAACAUAGAUGUUGUGCUAAUUCGUCAAAAUACCGAUGGUGAGUAUGCUAUGCUCGAGCAUGAAUCAGUGCGCGGGGUGGUAGAAAGUAUGAAGGUCGUAACUGUGGAAAAUGCUGAACGAGUGGCACGUUAUGCAUUUGAAUACGCACGACAGAAUAAUCGAAAGAAGGUGACUACCAUUCAUAAGGCCAAUAUUAUGAAAUUAUCUGAUGGGCUCUUUCUCGACGUGGCCAAACAAGUACAUAAGGAUUAUCCUGAGAUUGAGCACAACAACAUGAUUAUUGAUAACACAUGCAUGCAAUUGGUUUCCAAUCCACAUCAAUUUGAUGUCAUGAACAUGACCAACUUGUAUGGCACUAUCGUUUCCAAUGUUAUUUGUGGUUUGAUUGGCGGUGCCGGUCUGCUUUCGGGCGCAAAUUACGGCGAUCAUUUUGCCGUUUUCGAACCCGGCACCCGUAACACUGGUACAGCUAUUGCUGGUAAGAACAUUGCCAAUCCAGUAGCCAUGAUCAAUGCCAGCGCAGAUAUGUUAAACCACUUAGGGCACAAGGAGCAUGCGCGUGUCAUCUAUGAGGCGACCUACGAAACUGUAGUUAAUGAUGGAAUUCGCACACCAGAUUUGGGAGGCACCGCCUCCAGUACCGAUGUAGUGGAAAAUAUUCUUAAGCUUUUGGCCAACAAGCGCGUGAACUGGCCCCAAGGACAAUAUCGCGAUUAAGUUAAAAACCAAAAUUAAUUCACCUUAGGAAAAAUUUAUAUAAUUUUACAAAACCCCGGAUUAAUGCCGAUAUUUGACUGCUGUUCAUAUGUAUUAUGUAUAUUUAUAUAUGUUUAACAACUCCAACUGCAUUAGGAGCCAAAAAGUUAACCGCCAGCACUUAAUCCACAGCAACUAAGCAAAUUGGUACAAAUGUUGAAAAAUUAUAAAAUUUGAAAAAACCAAAAAAAUUAGGAUGCCCAAAUCAAAAUCCAAAUUAUACGCCUAUCCGCCAAAAUGCAGUAUAUUGUUGUUAAAUCCGCCCGGCUCGAUGCCCAAACCUCAGCCCGAUCGUGCUCUACUAAUGCAAAAGCGUGUCACCUCUGUAACUCCUUGUGUUGCGUGUCAGCGUAAAAGAGUAAUAGAGCAGCAGAUUCCCAAUUGGAUACUUGGAUACUGGUGUGAAAAAUCUGCACAACAGAACACAGCUUGGCUUUUGCGUGGCGAAAUAGCUUCUGCACGUUUUCUUUUUUGUUUCUACUGGCCUCUAUCAGAGUUUUCCCUUGCAAUAUAACCCUGAGAACAUGACUAAAUAAAUAUUUAAGCAAUAUUUUUAAUGUAAAUUUGUUUGUUGCCAUCUCUUUAUAGUUUUAAAUUGUACUACAAGAUUUUGAUUAAUUCUCAUUUUCCGCUUAUUGUGCUCUUAACGUAUACAAAGAGAAAACACUACAUAUUUUUAUGAAUCAAUGUACUAUUAUAUAUUUUUACUUUUUUGGUUUUUCAUAAGAAAAAAGCUGCUAAAUUAAUUUAUUUUUAUCCUAUGGUAAUUAGAUAAAAUGUAUCCCUUUUAAUAUAUUAAAAUCUCAUAUGAUGAGCAAAAACAGCCUUGUUCGCAUUAAUAAAGUAGUUGUAAACGAAACCUUUA